ACAUCUCAACGAGAACAAAUACUUUAAUAAUGUCUGAUGCUUUAAGUUUAUACAGUUCAAUUGCUGAUGGAGCUAGCUCUGUCGCCGGUGCCACCAGCAACUUUGGUAGCUCGCUUCAUGCUGGUUCUCAUGCUUCUGCCCAUGUCAGUUCUGUUGGCGCAGAGGCUUCUUCUGAUGUUGAAUCUUUGAUAGACAGUAUCAGCAAAGGUGGAUCCAUCACAGAUGAUUUUAGCAGUGCCAGUAAGGCUGCCAGUAAAGCCUUAGCUUCUUUGAGUGAAGAUGCCAGUGACCUCGGUUCUGGAAGUGCUGUUGCCGAGACCAGUCUCGAAGUUUCUGACAGUGCCUCUUCAAAGACUGCUGGAUCCAAGUCCAAGUCUUCUUCUGGUAGUUCUACAUCGGGUUCUGAAACCAGUGGGGGUUUUGGUGCUACGGUUCAAGCUCCAGUGUUUGGCUCAUUGGCAGUUAUUGCUCUUGCUUUGUUGUAAAGGUGCUUGUAAAAGUAUGUUUUGAAUAAAUUUGUUU